AUGAAAUCGAUAUUCGGGGGUUUAAUUAAAAAUUCCAACUAAACAACCCAGGAUAAUAAGCAGUAUAGUACUGGUAAAAACAUUACAUCACCUAUUGGCCAGUAUUCAAAUAUUGAAGUGAUACCAGGCAAGACAGCGCAUGAUAAGAUUAAAAAACUAGCAUAGGAACUGUACUAGCAGACUCCCAUUUUAGAGAAAGUCUAGCCAGUAACGGACAAGAGAUCCUAGCUAUUGGCAGGUUCAUCUACACAAUACUCAGCUUCUUAGCAAGACAUAUUAAGAGAUAUAAAGAAAAAAGAAGCAUCUCUGAGAACAAAGACCUUGGAGAUGCAAGAUGAAGAUUCAUCGACGAUAUUGAGGUAGUACAUGUAGUGGGAAGAGUCUAAAUAAGUCAGCAAAGAUUUGAAGCAAUAGCUGAUCAGUAAAUAGGAAUAUUACAUUCGUCGUGAGCAGGAAUACAGAAAGACCAUCGAUGACAUUCACAACGAAAUUGCUAAAAGAUCAUCAGAUCCCUUUGGUUUCCUGUAGCAGUCAGUGUAAAGUACUACUCAGCAAUUGAAUGGGCAUGCUUCAAGGCUGAAUAAUGGAGUGUCACUAUCAAACAAUGAUAUGGAUGGAAACAACGACGAUGAUGGUAGCGGAUUGAACACUUAGACAGUUGAUAAGAAGGAACUAGAUAUGAUAAGCAGAAGACGUAACAUUUACAUGAACACUAAGAAUGCUAAUGAUAUCCUAGCCAACUAUGAUAAAAUCAUGAGAACUAUUGAAAAAGUGCAAAAGACUACAGCCUAGGCUUUGGAAACUCAGAGGAAUGAAAUUUGUGAAGUGCUUGAUAACAGACUUGAAGAGAUUAAAAAGCAGAUAAAAGAUGAGAAGGCAAAGAAAGGGGAAAACUCUGCUGAUUUUAAGGAGAGAGAAAAGGAGUUGAAUGACCAUCUGGAGACUAUGACCCAAAUCGCGUAGAAAAUUGACUUUGAAAAUCGUGAAUUAAUGAAGAAAAAUGUUGAUCUUAACAUUCAGGUUAAAUCAUAAGAAUAAGACAGAGAGAUACUUUUAUAGCAGUUACUUUAUGAAAAAAAGGAAGGAAAAAAGAUUUAAUUGAAACUAAAGGAAUUGAAAGAAAAAGCUGAAAUAUUGGAAAACUAACAACUAGAAGAGCAAAUGCAAUAAUAGCAAGAAAUAGAAAAGCAAAGAUAAGCUUAUGAAUAAGAACUACAUAAUUAGCAGUUGCAGUAAUAGCAGCCAUUCAACUCUUCUGAUAGCAAGAAGCAAGCUUCUAAUGAUUAUUACCAGUAAAGUCAAUAGAAUUAGUAUGCUGGUCUAAAUAGAGCUAGCUCAAAGCAAUAAAUUAAUAGGAACAGCUAGAAUAGCACUGGAAGCAGAAUGGAGACGCCUCUGAUUUUAAAUGCUAGGACUAACAUCCAUGGGGUCAAUCAUCUUCAAAAGUCUUAACAGGGUUUACCUUCUAUAAUGUAAUCUUAAAAUAAUCUAGGAUCGAGAUAGGGUUCUCGCCUGUAGCUACUGUUAGCUGCAGGUAGAUAAGAAUCAAACAAUCCUAAAGUUUAAAGGUAUGAGUAACUUAUAGAGUAGCUAAAGAAAAUGUUAGAUACUGAAAAAAAGAAUAAUUUCCAGAUUAAGACCAUAUACUCUACUGAGAUGGAGAUAAAAAAGGAACUUGAAAAAAUACUUAGGCAAAGCAUAGAAGAUGUCAGAGAUGAAAUUAAUAGGAAGAGGAAUGAUACGUAGAGCAUAUACAAAAACAUUAAAAAGAUAGGUCUAAAUAAUAAACAGUAGGAUCAGAUAUCAAUCUAAGAACGAGAAAGAAUCAUAGAUGUCUUGAUGUCAUAAGAGAGGGUUUUGACUCUCCUUUAUGAUAAGACUUUCCCGCCCAGAAAAGAUAUUAAAAAUGCCUAACUUGCUAUAUUGGCUUAAAGUCAGUAACUAGCUAGAGUGAGCCACUUCUCAUCUACUCAAUCUCUAAAUACUCUUGAUGAUAAGAUGCUUAUUAAUGAUGAAUUCAAUCCUCACUAGUCUACAAUGCCAAUGUCUAAGAUAAGUUCUAUGCCAAGUCUGAUAAAUAGAGCUUAGAUUCAGUAUAACGCUGCGAAUGGGAAGUUACUUUUGACCAAAACAAGCACACUAAGCAAUAUCCUAAAUAGAAACUCAACUCAAAAAGUUAUCCAAUCCUCCUCGAAAUAUUAAUAUUUAUGA